AUGUCGCGCCAUCCAGUGAAGCGCGCUGUGCUGCAGGAGGAUGCAGGUUGUUUCCCCACCCAGCCCCCAGAUUCCAGUGAUAGACUCUGCCAGGAGCAUCCCGCCGCCUUGCUAGCCAUCCGUGCGUCCCGUCUGCGCACCCUCGUCCUCCUGGCCUCUGACAAGGGGUCCGCCCUGACCCUGGAGGUGGUGCUGGACGCCUGCCGGGUGGCUGCCGGGGGUCCCCGGGAGCUCCGGGCGCUUAUCGACGUGCCUGACAGCAAGGGAAACAGUGCCCUGGCCCUGGCUGCGAAGAACUGCAAGCCCGCCAACGUGGCACUGCUGCUGAUGCGCGGCGCCGACCCGCUGACGGUCAACCGAUGCGAGGACACCGCGGUGCACGCAGCCGCGCUGUCCGGCUGCUCCCACAGCCUGUCCCUGCUGCUGACGGCGCGCAGCCCCUCAGGCCAUGGCCUGGUGGCGGACGCGCAGCUGGUGGGCCGCCACGCCGCUGAGCGCUGCAUCGACGCGCCCAACGCCGCGGGGUACGCGCCCCUCCAUCUGGCCUGCCUGCACGGCAACCUGGAGGCGGUGAACUGCGGCGACGCGGCCGCCUGCGUGGCGCUGCUGGAGGCCUGGCGCCGGCGUGGGCGCGCCGAGGGCGGCGCCGACCUACGCCGCGUGCGCAAUGCGGCGGGGCUGACCCCGCUGGUCGCCGCACUCAUGGCCGGGCACUUUGGCCUGGCCCGGCUCCUGGUCCAGGGUGGGGGUUCGCUGGCGGGGGAGCACGGCGCGCGCGUGGCCCGCGCUGGUGGAGUCAUGGGCCCCGCAGCGCGCGCGCGCCUGGCCGAGCUCCUGCACCGCGUCCAGCUGCUCAUGAGCCUGCGUGCGCUGGCCGAGGAGUGCUAUACGCCCAGCUGCUGCGUGUGA